AGGCGCAGCGACUGCUGCACCGCGCUCGGCGCUGCGGAGCGAGCCCACCCGCCCCGGAGCGAGCCCACCCGCCCCGGGAGCUCGCCUCCCGGUGGUCCCCCUCCCUCCCCGCCCCCCCAGUGGCGCUGCCUCCUCCAAAUGAGCGAUUCGCCCGCUGGAUCUAACUCAAGGACACCCGAAAGCAGCGGCAGCGGCGGCGGCGGGAAGAGGCCGGCAGUGCCGGCGGCGGUGUCCCUCUUGCCUCCGGCGGACCCCCUGCGCCAGGCGAACCGGCUCCCUAUCAGGGUCCUGAAGAUGCUGAGCGCUCACACCGGCCACCUCCUGCACCCGGAGUACCUGCAGCCGCUGUCCUCCACUCCCGUCAGCCCCAUUGAGCUGGACGCCAAGAAGAGUCCUUUGGCGUUGCUGGCCCAGACUUGCUCGCAGAUCGGCAAGCCGGACCCGCCGCCCUCGUCCAAGCUCAACUCGGUAGCGGCGGCCAACGGGCUGGGAGCGGAGAAGGACCCUGGCCGCUCGGCCUCGGGCGCCGCCUCAGCGUCUGCGGCGCUCAAGCAGCUGGGGGACUCCCCGGCCGAGGACAAGUCCAGCUUCAAGCCCUACUCCAAGGGCUCCGGAGGCAGCGACUCUCGCAAAGACAGCGGCUCUUCCUCCGUGUCCUCCACCUCCUCCUCCUCCUCCUCCUUGUCCCCGGGAGAUAAGGCGGGCUUCAGGGUCCCUAGCGCCGCCUGCACGCCUUUUCCCCCGCAUGGAGCGCCGGUCUCGGCGUCGUCGUCCUCGUCCUCCCCCGGCGGCUCCCGGGGCGGCUCCCCGCACCACUCUGACUGCAAGACCGGCGGCGGGGAGCUGGACAAGAAAGACCAGGAGCCCAAGCCCAGCCCGGAGCCUGCGGCCGUGAGCCGAGGCAGCGGUGGGGAGCCGGGCGCGCAUGGCGGCGCCGAGGCCGGGGCCUCCGGCCGCAAGUCGGAGCCGCCCUCCGCGCUGGUGGGGGCCGGCCACGUGGCGCCGGUGUCGCCCUACAAGCCGGGCCACUCGGUGUUCCCGUUGCCACCCUCCAGCAUCGGCUACCACGGCUCCAUCGUGGGCGCCUACGCCGGCUACCCGUCUCAGUUUGUGCCUGGCCUGGAUCCGAGCAAGUCUGGCCUCGUGGGAGGCCAGCUGUCUGGGGGCCUGGGCCUGCCCCCGGGCAAGCCCCCCAGCUCCAGCCCGCUCACCGGAGCCUCCCCGCCAUCCUUCCUGCAGGGAUUAUGCCGCGACCCCUACUGCCUGGGAGGUUACCACGGCGCCUCGCACCUCGGCGGCUCCAGCUGCUCCACCUGCAGCGCGCACGACACAGCUGCGCCUGGCCUGAAGGCGGGGGGCUACCCGCUGGUGUACCCCGGGCACCCGCUGCAGCCCGCCGCGCUCUCGUCCAGCGCCGCCCAGGCCGCCCUCCCCGGCCACCCGCUCUACACCUACGGCUUCAUGCUGCAGAACGAACCGCUGCCGCACAGCUGCAACUGGGUGGCGGCCAGCGGGCCGUGCGACAAGCGCUUCGCCACCUCGGAGGAGCUGCUCAGCCACCUACGGACUCACACGGCCCUGCCCGGCGCCGAGAAACUUCUGGCCGCCUAUCCGGGGGCCUCGGGCCUCGGCAGCGCCGCUGCGGCCGCUGCGGCGGCCGCCUCCUGCCAUCUGCACCUCCCCCCGCCGACCGCCCCCGGCAGCCCCGGGUCCCUGUCCUUGCGGAGUCCACACACUUUGGGCCUAAGCCGGUACCACCCUUAUGGCAAGAGCCACUUAUCCACAGCCGGGGGCCUGGCCGUGCCGUCCCUCCCCACAGCUGGACCCUACUACUCACCAUAUGCGCUGUACGGACAGAGACUGGCCUCAGCCUCCGCGCUCGGAUACCAGUAACUACAGCCCUGCUUCCCUCCCCAGCCUCCUCUCCUCCCCGCUGCCGCCUCCCUUCCCCACCCGCCUCCCUGCCUCCUCCACCACUGCUUGUCCCCGCCGGACCCCCGCCCAGACCCCACCCCCACCGGACUGUGUAUUUAUUUACUGUAAUGUUAGCUUACAAGCUGGGAAUAUAAGUGCAUUAACGGCC